CGAUCUUGGCACUCGGAAACUUCCCACGGUCGAUCUCGUCGUCAGUGUCCCAACAACCUAAGCAUUUCUUCGGAAUGGGCUCGAGUUGCUGGGUCUCUCUUAACAAGGAUGCAAGAAAUAUUGGCCAUGAGCGUAAAGUAAAUUAUGAAUGAUCCCACAUCUUCUACACGAGGCCGCUUCAAUUGAGUCUCAUCGCCUGCGGCAACGUUGCACCAUCUUCACUUGUUUUCCAGCACACUCUCACAAAGUGCUCAUACCGUUGACGUCGUGAUGGGGGCUGAACCUUCGUCUCAAAAUGCAUUGCCCGAGGAUGAGCAUCCCGUUGAGAACCAGCUCGAAACUUUGCUGGAUAUCCGUCCGACUGAUCCUGAUGAAUUGUACCCGAAAUCGGUGCAGGAGCAGGAGGUAAAAUCUCCAAUUAAACAUUGCCCACGAUCCUUAGAACAUAGUAUUGGACCUCCGAUGUUUUCUGAGCCCUCGCGCUCAAAAUUGGUGGAACAGUUUGUGCCCCUGCUUGAGACUCAACCACCAUCGCUCGGUUGGAAUGAGGGCUCCCCCACUUCCGCUAAACCUUCGUACCUAGAAUUGGUACACCUGAAUGAGUCUCCGGAUGCGGUGCCUUCCCCAUUGCCGGAUCGGCGCCCAGAAGAAGUUGAGUUCAAGAAGGGAGAUGACAGGCCAGAAGGAACUCAGUUUGGGUCGCUACAGGCUGUACCUCAGUGAGUCCUAUUCGAAGAGUCACUUCUCACUAUAUCGUUCACACCUUACUUGAGGGAGCCCCAAACCACGAUCGACUCAAAUCCCGUUACACUCAGCAUUGAGUACGAAGAUGGUGAUGUCAUCUU